UUCGUAUUGUCUUCCUUUUUUUUCUUUUUCUUCUUCUUUGCGAUCCUUCUGUUGGCCCCCUGUCCCCUUUUUCCCUUUAGUCCCUAGUUCUCAUCAUCUGUAACUUUGUCGUCCAUUCAUUCACAUUAACAUAUUCGCUCAUUCAUUCAUUCCUUUUCUGAACCAAUAUUUGAUCGCAACCUACAUAACACAAUCCUGCACAUUUAUCCCUGCGCAAAAGCCUCUUCCUGCACUAUCGGCUCUCCUUCCUCUCUCUCUCUCCCCUCUCUCAAUCACUCUCAAAGUACAUUCCUACAUAUAUAAUGUCUUCUCCAAGGCAACCUACUGUCACUGCUACAGGCGGUGCUCCUGCUGCUACCAGAACAAACGUUGGUGGCUCUGCUCCAACCUAUAUUAUCCCCGGCAGUGAAGUCGAUGGAUCUGUCACAAUCUUCAAUCUCCCCACCGGCACUCAGACCUUUGUUUACCCUGCCUUACCCUCCAAUGCCAAUGGUCCCAACACUCCCAACUACAGCCACGGCCAGGGCCAGGGAGCUAAUGGUAGUCAAACGAAAUUGGCUCUGAUCAUUGGCAGCACAGUUGCCGGCAUUGCUGUCAUUGCAAUUGUGGGUCUUUUGAUUCAGCGAGGCCGGGCUAGGGCUCGCACCAACGCUAUUAACUCGCAUCAAUCUCGGAAUCGUCAGAAACAGAAUAAUCAAAACAGUAACAGUGGUGUAUCCACUGGAGCAGCUGGCAAUAUGAGUGGUGGUGAAGAUGAUCGUGGAGACAAGUCUAAGCUUGCUAGAUCCUUCACGAUCCGCAAACCGCCUAGUGUGUAUAUAGAGGAUGACCAAGAUCUGGACCAGACAGGCCAUCCUCAUUACAAGAGCGCGAGUGAUGCGUUGAAUCAUCCGUACUAUGGUGAGCGCACGCCAGGUCUGGUUGAAUAUGAGCUCUCAGACACGAGUGGACAGAAAUAUAGUCCCAGUAGUAUAGCAGAACGCAAGCGAUAUGUGGAGCAGCAGCAACGCAAGGUCAUGGAUGAAUAUGAGAUGUUUAACCCUUACAUGGAUCUUCCACCACCAUCGCCUUACCCUGCAUCCGUUUCUGGGUCAGCAGCUCCAUCAUAUACCUCAGGGCCAUUGUCUCCUACAAUGGGUGGGCGUAGUCCAAGAGUGCACCACAAUCCAAGCCAAUCGCCAACGCAUUCAUCAUUCGGACGACCGAUGCAGCAGCAAUUCGAUUCAAAUGAUUACCGAUAUUGAUUUGCCCAUCUUUUUUAUUUUUUGCUCCUUAAUGUUACUUCCGUUCAUAUACAGUUUUACAUUUAUAACAACUAAUAAUAAAUUUUUUUUUUUGUUCAAGAAUACCGUUGGUCAAAGAUUGCAGGGAAUACAUGGUUUGUUUUUUUGUCAACUCAGCUUGAUCAUGACCCCAUUCCAUCUCCUCUCCUUUUGACUUUUUUUUGCUCUCAGACAGGAACGAGUCUUUUCCCCACUUGUGCUAAAAAGACAGAUAUGAACCUUAUUAUCACAAAAACAACGCAAAUGAAAAAAUGAGACCAUGUUUGUUUUCAAGCAGGUCAUGGAUAUGGAUAAAUCA